GUUUAUGUAUGUGUCUGCGUGUGUAUGCUUUCCCGUACAACUUCACUGCGAUUUCGGACAGCAUCUACCGCCACAAUGGCUGCAGCGGCGCCAAAUCCAGAAGACUCGAACCGGACUGUUGGUGGCACAGGCACGGCCGGUGCUUUAGCUGCGGACGGAGAUUCGGAAGAGGCCGAGGAGUUUACCUCCUCCCCCCACUGCUCGGAGCUGUCUCGCCGGCAGAACGAGCAGAGGAAACAGGGGCUCUUCUGCGACGUUACACUAGCUUUUAGUAGUGGGGCGGCCACCGGGAGUGUGCAGUCAUGCGAAUUCUCCGCUCAUCGCUCAGUUUUGGCGGCGGCCACGGACUACUUCACGCCGCUCCUGGGUGGGCAGUUUUCAGAGUCACUGUCCGGUCGGGUGGACAUGAAGGAAUGGAGCUCCGAGCUGGGGCCCGAUCCAGAAACAGUGGAGAGCGUCAUUCAGUACAUGUACACAGGAGAAAUACGGGUCAGCACCUGCAACGUACACGAAGUGCUGGAGCUCGCAGACCGGUUCCUGCUGGUGCAGCUGAAGGACUUCUGUGGCGAGUUCCUGAAGAAGAAGCUGAACCUGACCAACUGCGUGGCCGUGCACAGCCUGGCCCACAUGUACACGCUGGACCAGCUGGCCCUGCGCGCCGCCGACAUGAUCCGCCGCAACUUCCACAAGGUCAUCCAGGACGAGGAGUUCUACACGCUGCCCUUCCACCUGGUGCGCGACUGGCUGUCGGACGCCGAGGUGACGGUGGACUCUGAGGAGGCGCUCUUCGAGGCCGUGGUCAAGUGGGUGCAGCGGAGCGAGGACGAGCGGGGCCACUACUUCGAGGAGCUGUUCCGCCUCCUGCGCCUGCCCCAGAUCAAGCCCACCUACCUGACCCGGGUGGUGAAGACGGAGCGGCUGGUGGCCGCCAGCGAGGCCUGCCUCCGGCUGGUCUCGGAGGCCGUGGAGGGCCACGCCAUCCGCUUCGAGAACCUCAAGUCGGCGGACCUGGAGUUCUGGUCCUCGCACCUGGCCUCCUUCCAGCCCCGCUUCGGGCAGAACAUGGACGUGAUCGUGGUGGUGGGCGGGGUGUCGGAGGGCGGCGACUACCUGAGCGAGUGCGUGGGCUACUUCGUGCGGGAGGACCGCUGGGUCAACCUGCCGCACAUCCACAACCACCUGGACGGCCACGCCAUCGCCGCCACCGAGUCCCACGUCUACGUGGCGGGCUCCAUGGAGCCCGGCUUCGCCAAGACGGUGGAGCGCUACAGCCCCAACCGCAACACCUGGGAGCAGGUGAGCAACCUGACCACGCGCAAGCACUCCUUCGGCCUCACCUGCGUGAAGGACGUCCUGUACAGCAUCGGCGGCCACGGCAACUUCAGCCCGGGCUUCAAGGACGUGAGCGUGUACGAGCCCGAGCAGGACAAGUGGCACAACCUGGAGUCGGCCCCCAAGAUCCUGCGGGACGUGAAGGCGGUCAGCGUGGAGGACCGCUACGUCUACGUGACGGCCCGCACCCCGGUGGACACGGACAACGAGGACGGGCUCAAGACGGUCACCACCCGCUACGACACGGAGAGCCGCCAGUGGCAGGACGUGGACUCCCUCCCGCUCGUCGACAACUACUGCGCCUUCCAGAUGGCCGUGGCCUCCACCAACUUCUUCCACACGGCCUCGUGCUGCCCGCGCAGCUACGCGGUGCGGGACGAGGAGGCGCGGCAGAAGAUCAGCGCGCACGCGUCGGACGACAUCCUGGACAGCCUCCCGCCGGAGGUGACGAGCGUGGAGGGGGCGGCCGUCUGCUACCUGGACGACGACGUGUUCGUCAUCGGCGGCUGGAAGAACAGCGACGACGUGGACAAGCAGUACCGCAAGGAGGCGUACCGCUACUGCGGCGAGCGCAAGCGCUGGACGCUGCUGCCGCCCAUGCCCCAGCCGCGCUGCCGGGCCACCGCCUGCCACGUGCGCAUCCCCUACCGCUUCCUGUACGGCUGCCAGCGCUACCCCAUGCCGCAGAACUUGGCGCGCCAGCGCGACCGCAUGCAGCAGAUGCAGCAGCUGCAUCGCCGCACCCUCACCCUGCGCAGGCAGCUGCAGUCGCAGAUCGAGUGCUGAGGGGGGGGGGGCGCGUCUCCGGUCCCUGCCGUAGCUCUCCGUGCCGCCUGUCUGUCGUUUCCCUGGAUAGCCUGCCUCUCCCGUUCUGGGUUUUUGUUAUUCUCGUCCUCCUUUUGAACGUCUGCGCUGGUAUGUCUACCUUAAAACAAUGAAGGUUACAGACACAGACACUUGAGAGUGACUGUGGAAAUGGAUGAAUGAAAAUACCAAACCCCAGCUUGUUGCUUGUUUCCUCCCAAAAGGCUCAAGACCUGAAUACAGCCAACAUUCCAAAAAGACGAUAUGAUGAAAAAGCAGAACGGCAGACCAAGGUGCAGGACUUGGAUGCUAACUUCCAAUUCUAACCAAAAAGUAAAAAGCCUGGUCUGUUGUAAGGUUUGGGAUCUUAUAGCAGGGUGUCAGCAUGAGGUCUGCUAGGCCACCCCCAUUGACACAGACACGUAUACACACACACACACACACACACACACACACACACACACACAGGCACACACACACACACACACACACACACACACAGGCACACACACACACACACAUACUCACACACACAGGCACACACACAUACUCACACACACACACACACACACACACACACACAGGCACACAUGGCCGACUCCCCCUAGUUCUGUCUCUCCCUUCUUUCCUAUCUCUAGACCAGGCCUUGUCUUUUGAAGUUCCCUAUGGCCCAAUGGUGAAUUUGGAAUUAGUUUCCUGAAGAGUAGGACUGCAGAAAAAUGGGCAGAAUGUGGCUCACUUAUGCAAUUUUCCAUGGUUAUUCAGAAAAUACUGAUUUUCAAACCAUAAGGCUUUCAGGGACAGAGAUUAAGCUUAGUCCUGGACUAAAUUAAGUUUUGUAUGGAGAAUAAACAUUCUAAAUUGAAUUUAGCCUAGCAUUUGGCUGGUCUGCGAAACUGGCCCUAAAUGUCUCUGGGAUCACAAGUAUUUGGCUUUACUAAUACCCAACUCCUCUGCCUCUGGUUGAGACAUUUAUGUCCUGAAAAUGAGUAUUUCCUGAUAAAUGAUGGGGGGGGGGAUCCCUGAUGGCUGUUGAUCUGUGGUCUAUAAUCAUGUACAGUGACCAAUGUGAAUAUGAGGCACAGAUGGUGUUGUAUAUCUCUUUGUACAUACUUACAUGUAUAUAUGUAUAUAUUUUGUCCUUUUAAGCUUCAUGUGACUGGUAUUUACCUUGCUGUCGGCAGGACUCUUCAUAGCUGGAUCUGCUGUGAGCGGCCGCAGAUGAAUCGAAAUGCAGUGAGAUGGCAACAUUCCAUUUCAGAUUUGCACAAUUUGCCAUGAACUGACAUUCUGUGUUCCGCAAGGGCGCUUACCAGAGCCUGUGUUCAGUAUUGUGAUGAUCAGACCUGGGUCAAAUACCUUUCUGUGCUUGAUUUAUUUUGUCUGGUGAAAUUGAGCCAAAACAAGGGGACCAGGAGGCACGGUUUGCACUUUCUGAGUGGACUUCAUAGACCAAUACACCAGACAAGCUCAGAAGAAGCAAGAAAAGUAUUUGAAUCCAAAACAAUUAUGUCUUUGACCCAGGUCUGGUGCUGAUGGUCUGAGCUGAGCUCCAGACAACACUUAGAGGCGCUUAUUGUAGCUGCAGCGUAAAGGCUGUCGUUUGUUCCUUUGGUAGCUAAUGAAUGGCAACAUAAUGGCUGCUUAUAUUGUUGCUCAGCUUGAUUUAAAACCUCACUAAUUUCCUGUGCGUUAGCGAGUUAUACAGUCAGUUGAAGGCAGCUUUCCGUACAUUCCUUGAAAGAAUGGAGCAGAUGAAACUACCCCCCCCUCUUUUUUUUUUUUUUGCACUUAAUGCAUCUAAUGUCUUAUGCCAGAGGUCAACAAAAGGCACCGUUGUGCAUCCCUAGCCCUUAUCUUAGUCCUUAGUCCACAGAAUAAAUGGCAAAAUCCAUUUGUUAAUGCGAGUGGACGUCUGAAUGUCUGCUCAUGUGCAGAAGUGGCUGCUCGUGGAGGUGGCUACUCGUCAAGGUGGCUGCUCGUCGAGGUCGCAGGCUCCUGCCCAAAGACUGUGGAUAUGUGCAUUUGGCCUGGAACAGUGGAACAAGUUAAAGUGGAGUUAAAGUGGAGCACCAGACAGGUCUAGAAGUGUUCAGACAUGUACUGCAGAGAGGAAGACAGAGAGGCAGACAAGCCUUUUGAGUGAGCAGGCUGCUCUUUUUUUCAUAAUUAUUCAUUUAAUAAUUUGUUAUUUAGCCUACACUUUUAUCCAGAGUGACUUACAGUUGAUUAGACUAAGCAGGGGACAAUCCCCCCAGGAGCUAAGGAGAGGGUUAAGGAAGGGCCUUGCUUAAGGGCCCUGUUGCUGUGUGCAUCCUAUCAUGGCUACACCGGGCCUUGAACCACCAAACAUCCGGGACCUAGUCAUGUACGUUAGCCGCUAGUCUACCGGCUGCCUCUUCACUGUUACUCUGUCACACACGGAGUCCCAAAUUAAUGCCAAGCAGGAAUGGCAUUUAGGUUUAGGAACCUCCUGGAAUUUGCUCACAUUGAGUAGAGGCUUAAACCUAAGUUUGAACUAACUAGAUCCUUACCUUCUGUAUAUGAUUUGUGGUUAUACUCUGAAAGCUUACUUGUACACAUUCCACUAUAGCAAGUUUGAACCAACAAACAACAUGGUUUAGGCUGACGUGCUGUGUUUGUAAUGCUACUUACUAAUUACUGCAUUAAUACUUAAUUCUCAAUUUAGCUGAAGUAGACUGGGGUGUGGAAUCAAUCACCUUUAGGUCUCGAGCCGAGUAUCCUUCAUUCAGAACAUCCUAUGUUGGAAUGCCGAGACAUUCCUCAUUUUCUAUAUCACCAUAUACAUUCCUCAUACCAAAUCUCAGUACUUUGGCCAUGGAUACUCUAAUCUGAGGUGCAUUCAAGAUAGCAAACGUUAGCUAAAGUUCGCAAACAUAUUACAACUUUUUUCUGUUCGCCACGAACAUUAGCUAACUAUUUGAAAAGGUAGUGUGUUGCUAACAGGUGAGACACGGUGAGAACAAAAGUUGACAAUUAUUUGGUUAUAAUACACUUUAAUCAAUGUAAUAUUUGUUCUUACCUUAAAAAAUAAAUCACAGAGAAGCAAUGAAUCAGCUAGCUGGCAUUAUUCAAUUUGAGUCACAGCCAUUUGUAUUAAAAAUUCCUUUGUGGUAAACUAAAUGGAAUGUUCAUUUGAAAUCAUUCAACAGCAACGUUCGCGGUCUUGAAUGCACCUCUGGUCCUGACGCCCAUUAGUGCUGCUGGUGUUCUUUUCCAUCUGAUUACAGUUAAUUGAUUAAUGUCACAGAUUGGCCAGAGAUUAGAUUGGAGUACCUCUGAUGAUAAAGCAGAGCAGAAUAUGUCACUUGUCUACAUUUCUCAUUCAGUGCAUUAAAACUGCCUGCAGCCAUGGCAUGUGUCCACAAGGGGAUUUUGGAGAUUAAAAACGACCGGCUUUGUUUUUGGCAAGGUCCGUAAUGGCCUUGAAUCCCAUUUCAGUAAAUUUGCGCUGCCAGUUAAUUUAGUUUGGACACUUUGUUCAAUGGGCAGAACAGUCAGGAGGGCAUUGUGAAUAAAGUAGAUACAUUUUUCUCCCUUUGAUUCUAGAAGUGUCUUACAAUCAGUAUUUAAGCUCGAUUUAAAAAAGAAAGCAGAAAUGUUGUCCCCAGACCAGUCUGUAGGGAAUUGCUGUCGUAAAUUAAUUGGCUUUAUUUCUUGAUGCCGCACGUCUUACAAUCAUUAUUUAACCAAGGGAUCAGAAAGAAAGCCAAGUGGCCUUCGCCCCUGAAGAAGAGGACAGUGUUGUAAGGCCUACAUUUGUAAAGUGUGAUUCAAGCACCAACAAUGUUAAAUGAAGGCGAAAACGUUUGAAGGACAAGGUUUUCUUUUUGGCUAUCGGGAGCGAGGGACACUGCCUCUGCUCUGGCCACAUUUCCUUUAUGUUACUUCACUCGCAUUUAGCCAAUGCCUGUACCGAGAGGCACUCACUGUGCAAAAGCAAGUGCAGAGAACAGGGAUCAAAAGGCAGUCAUUUCCCACGAGGGGGGGAAAGUAUAGUCCCAAGAGACGGGAAUGGGAAAAGGCGCAACUCGCCAACAGCCAGACUGAACAGUAAACUAGGUUAAGCAAACAAGAGCUUAACGACUUCCGGAAUGAGCUCCCAACUACAUGAAAUGCACAGCAGCAGAUGCAUCGCUCCGGGUCGCUGUCGGGUUGCAUGUCGCUGUCGUUUGGCUUACGUCGGCCGUUGUACUGCCGGGAUUAGCAGCUCCGCUGUUCCGCACAGUCCCAAGGUAUGCAUACUCAGAGCAGCUGCUCGAGCUCUGAUCCCUGCGCUUUUGUCCUUGGACAGACUUUUCUUUGCAUGAGUCUGCCGUCAUCGGGAAUAUAGGCUGUAAUUCCUGUCACUUGCAAUAAAUUUUUACAUAAUUA